UUCACGGUAUGAACUCCAUACGAAUGAUUUGUUUGGAUCUUAAAGGGGGUUUCGCCUUCCAGUGUUGCUGCAGUCCAGCACUCGCUCUCUGUUGCUGCUGUUGCUGCUGCCGUCUGCCAUUACAUGCAGUAGGGUGAGCAAUAGCAAUUGGACAACCCCGAAUACGAUCGCUAGCCGAAGCCAACGAAGAGGACGACGACGAGAACGACGACAAUAACGAUUACUGGCCUCGGGAAACGAGUCUGAGCCUGGGCGUGGGUGGUGACUGGUCGCGCGAACGCAUCGCAUUACGUCUUUUUCCCGCAGAGCAAAAAUUUCGGACAGCAGGUCGUGGUUGUCGUUCGUUCAUAAAAGGCUACUCACCCUUCAGGUUUGGCGUGAGCCGAUCGGACUUCAGCGCGUGCCCGCCCCGCCAGCCUCCAUCGCUGCCCACCUGAGCUCUCCCAGCGAUAUCGGUGCAGCAACAAGGGCUCAGGAUUCACUUGCGCAGAAAUGCUGUCCAUGUCCCCGACCACGCCCGGCACGCAAGGAGCUCAACAGCUCAGCUAUGCGAACAGCCCUGCCAGUGGUCGGCCCAAUGCGUUCAAGAGACCAGCGUCGAGCGACGACGAGGCCGACGUUGGUGACAAUGGCCGUCAACCCUCGAGCAGGAAGAACACCGCCGUGAAGCGCGCCUGCAAUGAGUGUCGGCAACAGAAGCUCAAGUGCAACGUCCAGCAAGAUCCUUUUAAGAGCUGCGAUAGGUGUUUGAAACAGCGCCUGCGAUGCGUCAUCGAGCCCAACUUCAAACGUGUGGGCAAGCGGAAUAGGAACGCCGAGAUGGAAAGGGAGAUGGAAGAUUUGCGGGAACGAUUGGCAUUCUAUGAAGGCAAAGGCGCUGCAGCCGGCAUCCCCAUCCAGUCGCAACAGCAGCAAACUACCCUGAAUCCACCACCGGAAAACCAUACAUUUGGCACGGGAUCAAUACACACGGAGGAAGACAAUGCGUUCCUUCAAUCGCAACAGGAAGCCGUGGCGACGUCGCUGCUGGACUUGCGCAGCGGAUCUCCAAUGUUCCACUCAUUAGGCGAAGUGAGACUUGCACCCGCGCAGGUUAACGAGCUAUUCGCCGAAUUCUUCCAGAACUAUCACACAUUUCUACCAUUCCUCGAUCCCGUCCGGUCGCCGGACGAAGUACAUUCUCAGGAUUCAAGACUUCUCUUCUGGGCAAUUAUCAGUGUCGCAGCCCGUCAUUACGGCGCGGAUGAUAAUUUGUUAAGCCGGCUCAAAGAACCGCUUACGGAUUUGAUUUGGGAAGCGAUCAAGAAGUCCCCGAAUCAUCAUGUGGUCAAGGCAUUAUGUCUAUUGUGCACAUGGCCCCUUCCAGCGAGGACGACAGUUAACGACCCAACGUUUAUGCUUUGCGGAGUGAUGAUGCAGAUCGCAAUGCAGAUCGGCCUGCACCAACCGACACAUCCACAAGAUUUCUCGAGGACAAAAGUUCGGCUACGAGAAGAAGACAUCCAUGAUCGGUUACGGACUUGGGCGGUUUGCAACAUUGUAGCGCAGACAGUAUCUACUGGCAAUGGACAGCCGUCAAUAACGCUUUACGACUCGACAUUGGAGUUCAGGAUGGAUGACGAAGAACAUAUGAGAAUCAUUCCUCCGGAUCUGUUCGUCCGGUUGCGCCAGGAAAUGGCGGCUAGCCGUAUCAACAGGCUGUUGUAUUCAGCCACGAGCCACCGGUUCUCAGAAGGUGCUGCUGCUACUUACAUGAACUUAGAAGCAGACCGACUCAAAGAAGAACGUGGUGUGUUAGAUGGUGUAAACAAGGGUAAAACAGAACUAGAGGAGCUCCACCAUAGCGCCGUAUUCCUUCAUUUGCAUCUUUACUCAUUCUUCAAUACGGAACAACGGCUGGAGAAGCGAGACGAUCUUGUCGCCCUAUACUUUGCGGCUACCAGCUUCUUAGAGCGCGCGUUCGAAUUACAAGACAAGGACACACUCAAGUUCGUGCCUUACUACAUCAUGCAGAUGGCUCUGGCCGCCGGAUUUGCCCUGUUGAAAUUGCUGAAUUCGGACUUUGCCAGCCGUUUACCAUUCGAACAAGGACGCAAUUUCGUCUCACGAACUGUGGUCGCAAUGCGUAAAUCCAAAGUUAUGACUAACGAUCUGCUGGACCGAUUGGCUGAAGUCCUGGCACAGUUGUGGAAGGAGAGCGCCCGCGGCCGUAGCGUACACAGCAUGUCGCAAUCACCUUUGGUCAGCAACCCAGGCAUGGCAACGAUGUUCAGUACUACCGGAGAAACGAACACCCAAGGACAGCGUCGCGAAAGCAGUGGUAUGCUUGAGGACCCACUCGGCCUUAUUAUUCGUAGCCGCAUGAGUCUGAGCGUGGUAUUCGACUGUGUCUGGCGAUGGCGCGAAUCACAAGUCAGCGGUGCCUCUGAACAACUUGACUCGACUGUUGCCAACAAUCCCACGAACCCCGACAGUUCGAGCAAUUCAACUCCGCCACCAGGAGCUGCAAUCGAGAAUCCUGCACAUGGAUUGCCGCAAUUCAACCCACAUCUCAAUACUCUUAGCAUGCCACUCUCUCUGCCUAAUGGACUCGCCAGUGCCAACAGUUUCGAAAUCUUUGAUCCGGUCAGUUGGAUGCUAGAGUCACAAACAGAAUGGGGAACCCAAUUCGAAAAUGGCCGCUUCUUCUGA